CCUGACGUGCAUGACCCUCUCUUUUCUGCAGCCCAAGGGAAAGACAAAAUCUUGCACAAGGCACCCUGUGUCUGCCCUCGGUGGGGAACGGGGCAUGGAGCCUCUCCGGCUGCUCAUCCUGCUCUUUGUCACAGAGUUGUCGCAAGCCCACAACACCACGGUGUUCCAAGGAGUGGCAGGCCAGUCUCUGAAGGUCUCCUGCCCCUAUGACUCUGUGAAGCACUGGGGGAGACGCAAGGCCUGGUGCCGUCAGCUGGGCAAAGAGGGCCCAUGCCAGCGUGUGGUCAGUACACACGGCUUGUGGCUGCUGUCCUUCCUGAAGAGGCGGAACGGGAGCACAGCCAUCACAGACAAUACCCUGGGUGGCACCCUCACCAUUACACUGCGGGAUCUUCAAGCCCAUGACACAGGCUUCUACCAGUGCCAGAGCCUCCAUGGCAGCGAGGCCGACACCAUCCAGAAGGUCCUGGUGGAGGUGCUGGCGGACCCCCUGGAUCACCAGGACACUGGACAUCUCUGGGCCCCCAGUGAGUCUGAAAGCUUUGAGGCUGCCCAUGUGGAGCACAGCAUCUCCAGGAGCUUCUCAGAAGGAGAGAUCCUCUUCCCACCCAUUUCCAUCCUUCUCCUCCUGGCCUGCACCUUUCUCAUCAAGCUUCUAGCAGCCAGCGUCCUCUGGGCUGCAGCCUGGCACAGGCAGAAGCUGGGGACACCUCCUGCCAAUGGGUUGGACUGUGGCAACAACCCAGGGCACCAGCUCCAGACCCUGACAGGGCUGAGAGAUGCAUGACAGAAGAAGUCCCCAGAUGGGAGGAGAAGUCCAGGAGAUGUCUGGCCAGGGACCACCACAGCCUGCAUGCUCACUCUUCAGCAACCAAG